AUGCCGUGUGUCACAGCGGUGUGGAUCUACCAUCCCAAGGAAGCUUCUUCGCAGACAGACAGUUCCUCCGUUGCGGUAUACCUUCCCCGCAGCUCAGUCCUGCAGAACGAAGCCCACGAUGCCUCGAACGUAGAGACAUUGCGGGAUACUCUGUCCUGUCAUCUGGUGAAAAUCAACUAUCGCUGCGGCAAAGACCACAAAUUUCCGGCUCCUGUUCAUGACAUGCUCACCGGUUAUGACUGGAUUAUAAACAACCUUCUUCCCAAGCGGGCCAUUUCUCGACCCGGUCGCUCAGAGCAUGUCGGUCGUCUAGCAAUCUGUGGGGAGCUACUUGGAGGCACUCUUGGUCUCGGAUUAGCUCUGUCCGAAUGUCGAAUCGGCGAACCAGGCAUUGUCGCAGCAGCUAUUAACAACCCCAUCGUUGACUGGACAACCGUGCAUGAUCGCAACUGGAUGCCUUUCAAGCCUCAGUCUAAGGCGCAUACGUCUAAUGGGUUGGCAUGGGACGAUCUUGCUCAGUAUCGAGAGACACUAUUCCGCAGGCCAUCACACUACUUCGACCCAUUUGCUUCGCCGAUGCUGUUUUUCCGCUCUGCCGAACUUGAGGUGCCUGACUACGUCGAGGAGCAACCACUCGACGAAAUGGAGGAGCUGAUACGUUUUGAACGUGAAGAGUCUUUGCGUGAGCAGCUUGGUCUCGGUGCUCAGCCGGACAUUGUGGAGCCCGAGCCUAUGAAAUCUGUCAAGAAGCGAAGAGUAUCACGCAGGUUUCCAAGCAAGGCUUUAAGCUUACGACUUCCAAACGUCAGAAUCGAGUCUGGGUCUGAUGCUGUGGUGUCAGGACAAGCGAUUGAGCUCGCACAUCAAUUGCGACAGAGCUUCGAGAGACAGCGGAAACCUGGGCCGGCGAGAAACGAGACUUCAAGGUCCGAGGACCGACAAGAUCCCGAUGUGACAGUAGAUGAAGUUAGACACUGUUGGCAUCCUGGGCUUGGACUAUGGGACGACACCGCAGCUGGGAAAGCAAGGAUACUCGAAGCGGCUAUGUGGUUGAAGGAACACCUGGCAAAGUGA